ACUGUAUCUACCUUUCCUUUCACUUGCAGUUCCUCUCUCUCUCUCUCUCUCUCUCUCUCUCUACAACACUGCAACUUUGAGCAGAGAGAAAUUUCAGCCAUGGCUUCUUCCACCAACGUCCGUGAGAACUUUGUCUAUGUUGCAAAGCUAGCAGAACAAGCUGAACGCUAUGAUGAAAUGGUGGAGGCAAUGAAGAAACUGGCCAAGAUGGAUGUUGAACUAAGUGUGGAAGAGAGAAAUUUGUUCUCUGUUGGGUACAAGAAUGUGGUGGGGUCUAGAAGAGCUUCAUGGAGGAUCUUAUCAUCAAUUGAGCAGAAAGAAGAAUCAAAAGGGAAUGAAUUGAAUGUUAAGCGUAUUAAGGAGUAUAGGCAGAAGGUGGAGGUGGAGCUUUCCAGCAUUUGCAAUGACAUUAUGAUUAUUAUUGAUGAGCAUCUUAUUCCAUCCACUAAUAUUGCUGAAUCCACAGUGUUUUAUUAUAAGAUGAAAGGUGAUUAUUAUCGGUAUUUGGCGGAAUUCAAAGCUGGUGAUGAAAAGAAAGAGGUGGCGGAUCUGUCACUUAAAGCAUAUCAGACAGCUUCUGCAACUGCUGAGAAUGAAUUACAACCAACACAUCCUAUCCGAUUGGGUCUGGCUCUAAAUUUCUCAGUGUUUUAUUAUGAGAUAAUGAAUUCACCUGAAAGGGCCUGUCACCUUGCAAAGCAAGCCUUUGAUGAUGGUGUCUCAGAACUGGAUACCCUAAAUGAAGAUUCUUACAAGGACAGUACCUUGAUCAUGCAGCUGUUGCGAGACAACCUUACUUUAUGGACUUCUGAUAUCCCAGAAGAUGGUGAGGAUCAAAAAAUGGAAAGCGCAACUAAGAGCGGUCAAGAUGAAGACGAAUUGGGACGCUAAGUUGUCACUCUGUCAUGAUAACUAUAACAUUGAUGUGUUAAUUUUUCUAAGAAGAAUAUUUUCUCCAAUGUAGUGAAGCCUUUUAAUGGAUGGUGAACUUUGAACUUUUUUCAACUUCUAAGUUAUUGUUAAUGUUGAGUUACAACAUAUUUGAAUCAUGUGCUUCAUUUGUAUGCUAUUGUUGUUAUAUCUGUUUGUGUAACAAUAACACCAUUGGUUUGUAAUACAUGGAUUUCUAUGUUUGCAUUCUAUUAGCUACUAUUCAACCUUCAAGAA